UUAAUUUAGUUCAUAGUUAACGGUUCCUGAACGCUGUAACUAAAAGCUGUUAAAACCUGGGUCAGGUCAGUUUGAGAUUUUAUUUAAUGGAAUUUGUUUACAGUAAAGAAUACACAACAACAUUAUUUUGGUUUAAUAAACUUUAUUUAAACUUUCGUUUGGGAUUAAGUGCGCACACUCUUUAACGUUUAGUUUAAGUUUAUUCUUACCGUUCUUUUUGUUUGUUUGUUUGUUUGUUUGACACAUCUGAGUCCCGUGAGCUGGUGCACCAUCGAAAGGGGUUUGAUUGGAAACAUUGGACUAUUUAUAUGGUUCCGGCCGAUGAUCGGGCCACAACCAUUCCGUUAAGGCUGUGUCGGCGUCACAUGUCUCUGUUAAGGAGGUGGCCUCGGCUCGUAGGUCCACAAGAACAUCAGAAGUUCUUCUCCUCACACAGAGUUGUAAAGAGUCACAGCCUCUUUAGGAAACUGUUGUUUGCCGUCUCGGCGGGGGUGCCUCUCGUGGUCGGGGUGCGAUAUGUGGUCUCGGAGCCCAGAGAGAGGAGGAAGAUGAAGAUACUUGCAGAGGGAGUCGGACGCUUCUGCAGGUCUCUCUGUGUCGGGCUGAUGAUAUCAGCAGAUUACUGGUGGACAUCCAACAUUGUUCUGCGUGGCUUGGAUGAGAGCAGUCCAGAGUAUGAGGAGCUGAUGUCAGCGUGUCAUCAGAGAGCAGCCAGUAACAUGGUAGACGGGGCCAUCCAGAACGGAGGCCUGUAUAUUAAGCUGGGACAGGGACUGUGUGCAUUCAACCAUCUUCUACCUCCAGAGUACAUCCGCACCCUGCAUGUGUUAGAAGAUAAAGCGCUCAACAGAAGAUACAAAGAGGUAGACGCUUUAUUCCAGGAGGACUUCAGCAUGACUCCAGAUCAAAUGUUCAGGACGUUUGACUAUGAGCCUGUGGCCGCUGCGAGUCUGGCUCAAGUGCACAAGGCCGAACUGCAUGAUGGGACACCCGUGGCUGUUAAGGUGCAGUAUAUUGAUCUCAGGGAUCGCUUUGAUGGAGAUAUCAGGACUCUGGAGAUUUUGCUGGACAUAGUGAAAUCCAUGCACCCCAGCUUUGGCUUCCGCUGGGUCUUACAGGACUUGAAAGGAACACUGGCACAAGAGCUGGAUUUUGAGAAUGAAGGCAGGAAUUCUGAACGUUGCGCGGAGGAACUCAAGCAUUUUAAAUUUAUAGUCGUGCCCAAAGUAUUCUGGGAUCUGACCAGCAAGAGAGUCCUUACAGCAGAGUUCUGUGAUGGAUGCAAAAUCGACAACGUGGAGGAGAUUCAGCGUCAGGGACUGAGUCUAAAAGACGCAGCUGAAAAACUCAUCCGCACAUUCGCAGAGCAGAUCUUUUACACCGGCUUUAUUCACGCUGAUCCUCAUCCGGGAAAUGUACUGGUAAGAAGAGGUCCAGAUAAAAAAGCUGAGUUAGUUCUGUUGGAUCAUGGGCUGUAUGAAAACCUCAGUAAAAGUGACAGGACGGCUCUGUGUCAGUUGUGGCGAUCCAUAAUCCUGCGGGAUGAAGCCGGCAUGAAGACGUAUGCAAAUCAGCUCGGGGUCAAAGAAUACUUCCUGUUCAGUGAGAUGCUUCUGCAGCGGCCAAUCAACAUGUGGGAAAUGGGGCUGGGUAACAUCUUGACUCGGGAGGAGACGUCUUACAUGCGUGACAUGGCCAUGAACCGCUUUGAUCAAAUCAUGCAGGUGUUGAAGUCUAUGCCGCGGCCCAUGCUGCUGGUGUUCAGGAACAUUAACACGGUCCGCUGCAUCAACAUCACUCUGGGAGCUCCAGUCGACCGCUACUUCAUCAUGGCCAAGUGUGCUGUGAGAGGAUGGGGCAGAACUCUGGCCGAUGACACCAGGAUUCUUCCCAGACUGUCAGUCUUCCGCUGGUUCUGGUCCUUUUGGGAGAGCGUCAAGUUUGAGUUCGCUUUAAGGUCAGAGAUGGCGCUCAUGAGUGUCACUCACUCUCUGCUUAAGCUGCUGUCUUACUGCAAUAUCAUCACGCUGGACCAGGACGUGUAUCAGUUUCUGAAAUGAAGCGUCACCUCUGAGCGUGGUUUCACUCGUGUUUCACUUGAGCUUGGAACCUCUCUCUGUGUUGCUUUUCUUUGAAAUAAGCACAACUGAAUUAUUUUUAAUUUAAUUUAAUUAAAGACGAUCACAGCUUUAAUUUAGCUUUUAUCAAUCAUGAUGUUCCAGCAUUAAAAAUACCUCUUUCUUUCAAGAAGCAGUGAGACCUGCAUUCAUUUCUUUUAUAGGCCUCAGAAACACUAAAAUGAUUCAUGAUGAUCAUUUAACGGUGGCGAUAAUGGGGGGAAAAAUCACUCUGAACAAAGUAAAUGUUUAUGCUUAAAACCUUUUACCUCAUGAGGUUUAACGAUUUAUUGCGAUGCCAAUUAAAAAAAAACUUUUUACUACUUGUAGUUAAAUAAUUGUGCCAGGUUGUUUUGUAUUUAUAUGGAUUUCACUGAUUAAUUGAUGGCGAAUAUGUAGUUGAUGCUGAGAGGUGUUGCACUGUCAAAAAUGUGUGUGUAAAUCAUUUUUACAGUCAGUCAAUGGUAAUAAAUCUUCAAUGGAAUGUAUUUAGAAAAUAAAUCAUUUAUAAGAGGC